AUGACGAUGACGAUGACGUUGAGCACGACGAUGAACGAAGAUGACGAUGAUGACGACGAGAUGGGAACGAUGACGAUGACGAUAACGUUGACGAUGAGGAUAAGGAUGACGAUGACGUUCACGAUGACGAUGACGAUGACGAUGACGGUGACGAAGACGUUGACGAUGACGAUGACGAUGAUGAUGACGGUAACGACGAUGUUGACGAUGACGAUGACGGUGAUAAUGACGAUGAAUGACGAUGACGUUGACGAUGAUGACGACAAUGACGACGACGAUGACGAUAAGGUGACGUUGGCGAUGCCGACGACGAUCACAAUUACGAUGACGAUGACGAUGAGGUGA